AUGGUUCGCGAACAUGGCAGUCUGACUAAGGACGCGGAGACGAAUCAGGCGGCGUGGGAGGCGGCUAGGGGCGCGGCGUAUGGGGGUAUCAAGUGGGGCGCUUUCUUCGCAGUAGCAGGCGGAGUCGCCUACGCCUUCUCGCCCUUGUACCGGGGUCUGACGGUACAGUUCAAAACCUACAUUCAAAUGUCCGCCAUGAUCUUCGGCGGCAUGAUCGAGGCCGAUAGCCGCAUGGUGCGGUACCAACAGGCGGUACGGAGUCACAAGAAGUUGCAGACGGAUAUGGCGGUGUGGCGGGCUUACGAGAAUGAGUAUGAAGAGCAGGGGACGCCGGGGGUGGGCGCGGAGAGUGGGGUGUCAAGGAAGUGA